GAAAAGUGAAGUGGAAGCACCAGAGUGGGGAAGCACCAAGCGCCGCUAACGGCCCUCUACGUCCAUUGUGAACCAAUCAUCGGGACUGGAUCCUCGAGGUACAGUACCUACAUGUAUCCUCGACUUAGAUCUUUGAAUGCCUUGAUUUUUGUGUUCUCGAUUGAAUUGAAUUUCAGAUUUCAUUCAUGGAAUCAAAGGAUUCAUCAUCAUCACUCCCUGGGGGUUCCCCUUUGCAACCUUUGACCUCAGAAGAUGCACCAAUCAGGAACCCUUCUCCUCCACCGGAGGACAUCCUAACAGGAGAAGAUAAGACCUUACUGGAGGCCGACACCAUUCAAAACACCAUGUUUAGCAAGCAUUGGGUGUUUUCGAUCCUUAUGAAAUUACUUCAGCAAGUUGAGAAAGAGCAGCAUUCACAGACGGAAGCUGAUGCUGCCGAAUUGCAUGAUGGGAUUGAUAUUGAUGAAGAGCUGGAGAAUGAACUGUGUCGUUUGUGGGAUAUGACUGCGAAUGUGGAAGUGGCCAAAUUCUUACAAGAGUGGAAGUCUCCAGACAUUUUCCUUAGCGUCAUUUCUAAGACAAAUGCUCCAAGAAUAACGGAGAUAUGCAUGGGUGUCCUUGGAAACAUGGCCUGCAGUUCUGAAAUACGGAGAGAAUUUAGCAAGAAUCAGCAACUCAUUGACCUUAGCUUUGGCUUGUUGAGUGGUAGCGAUGCUCCCACAAUGGUUGAAGCCUCUCGUCUCAUCUAUACAUGCCUCAACGAUGAAGAGAGCGCCUCCAAGUGGCUGGAAACGGUGAAGAAGGAUGGGGAUGUUCUCAAGAGCAUCACGUUUAUCCUACAAAGCUCAACAAACGGUGAUUUGAUCCACAAUGUAGCUGAUCUACUAGACCAGUUAUUGGACCUUGAUGAUGGUCUUCUGCAAGCAUGGUCCGGUCCUGUCCUCAUUCAAGCCAUUACCGAAGCUCUAAACCAAAUCAGCGACGAUCAUGCAAACACCCUUUCUCUUCUUCAUCAUUCUCUCCAAGUUAUCUCUACAACUGACUCGGGAAUAAAUGCACUCGUGGAGUUAAGUGAGAAAGUCCAUCCUUUGGUAUCAUCUUUCAUCUCUGAUGUGUUUGAGGAUGGGGUCCUAUCAAUAAGAGGGAGAGAGAACACCCUCGCCUCCACCAUCUCCGUUCUCAGCAUCAUGGUAUUAAGGUCGAAGGACGUUAUCAAACAUCUGGUAGUAAAAGAAAGUAGAACAAUCAAACAGCUUACUGAGAUGCUUUAUGUCAUCCACCGUAAAGAGGCAUCGUCGUCACGGAAACCGUCCACGGAGGACGAGCAUCCGUCCGCUCCAUCAAACAGUGAACAAAAAGUGAAUGCAUCAACCGAUGAACAGGAACAGAAGCAGAUUGAUGCCAAAACUCAAAAUGAAGGAGGUGACGGAAUGACGCAAGGAGACGGUUGUCAUGGCGAUAGGAGUAACGAAGAGGACGACGAUGAGGAGAGAGUUUGGUUAACGGAGCUCUUGAAAGACCAGCUCAUUGAUUUCUUCUGUGCCACUCUACAGGUUGCCAAGAAGGACGAAGACCUACAGGGCAAACUCCGUCAGUGUGGGAGUAAAAGACUGCAGGCCAUAGCAGACUGUCUUCCCGAUGACAGAAACGAUCUCCUAGACCUGAUGCAGGACAUUCAAGGAAAGACAUGAGCCAUUGCAUCUGUUUCAAGCUUGGUUACAGAGACUUGAAGGAAACUGUCAGGGAAAUUCAUGAGCUAUUUUUUCUUCUUAAUGAGGACUCUUGGUUCUCAAACUUUACAACUGGUGAAGACGGCCAUCAUUUAUUCAUGUCCAAUCAUCCUGGUGCUAGCGGGAAAUUCUUGAUGCAAGACAUUCAUUGAAGACUGACGUUUGCUUGUGGUUGAUUCGCUGUGUUGUCAGUAGAAACGACAGGGAAUUAAUGUAGGAUAUUCAAUGAUAGACAUGAGCUAUUUCAUCUGUAUUAAGCAUGGUUACAAAGACUGAAAGAAAACUGUGAGGGAAAUACAUGAGCCGUUGCAUCUGUUUCACGCAUGGUUAAAAAGACUGCAAGAAAACUGUCAGGGAAAUACACAAGCUAUUAUUUCUUCUGAAUGAGAACUCUUGGUUCUCAACCUUCACAAUUGGUGGAGACGGCCAUCAUUUAUUCAUGUCCAAUCAUCCUGGUGCUAGCAGGAAAUUCUUGAUGCAAGACAUUGAAGACUUAUGCGCUCUUGUGAUUGAUUCGCCUUGUUGUCAGUAGAAAUGACAGGGAUUUAAUGUAGGAUAUUCAACGACAGACAUGAGCUGAUUCAUCUGGAUGAAGCAUGGUUACCAAGACUUGAAGGAAAACUGUGAGGGAAAUAUUAUUUCAUCUGAAUGAACGUGGCACAAAUGUUGAAGACAUUCAUACUUUAUUCAUGUCCACUCACAGUCCAACCUCUCUUAUCCGGCCUCCUCUUAUCCGGAUCUCUCUAUUAUCCGGCCGCACACUUGCAGAGAUUUUUUUUCAAUUCAAUCGUGUACUUGAGGAAAUAAGAUUUCAAUCUAAAUCUCCAUCCAUUGCACAAAAUCACUUUGAUUACAAAUAUUUUCCAAUAAAGUCUACCUACAACAACAUCAUCUUUCAUGAAAAUAUCUCACCCAAAUCACCGAAAGAACUUAUGCAGGAUAAUCCAGUAAAUCAGGGCGCAGCGCAAACAUUUCAUUACGUUCUCUUUUUGUUUCCCUGGAAAAACAACACAUGUCUCACUAGCUAACGCUAUAGGCCUCAAAACGGACAGCGCCAUCUAUUAUGUUUGAGCCUACAGUCAGUAUAACAAUGGCUGACAUUGCGAAGCUGCGAUACCCACCAUGAUGAUCUAAUUUUAACACAAUGUUUCAUCGAGUCAUUAUCUUUCGAGGUAUGCUCGAUGUAUACCUCAAUCAUUUUAGCAGGUAAAAUAUCCAACAGUUUUGGCCAUCCAUUGAUUUCAUUUCUGUAAAAAUACUGCCUAUAAUUUGCACUGACACUGCAGUGAAUAAUGUCUGUACGCCCACUACAAUAGAUAACUUGUAGCUACCGCUGCUACUUGGGGAGGCGCAGGCAACAGCUGCGUGUAUUAUGUAUUGGGUCUCCCAGAUCCAGAUAAAUCUCUUAUCCGGAUUGGUGCCGGUCCCAAGGUCGGACCGCAUUUUGUUGUUAGUGGAAAUUUCUUGAUGCAAAUACAUUCAUGAAUGGUUCUCAAGUCGCACAAAAGUUGAAGAGUGAAGACUUAUGUCCUCUUGAGGUCAAUCGCUUUGUUGCCAGUCAAAAUAGUGUUGGCUGGAAUGGUAUUGGACUAUGAAGGUAUACCAGGUGAUGAGUGGACGGAUUGACAAUAAACGAAUUGGCAGUUUACCACUAUAUGUUGUAAAGCACCAUGUUUUAUGUGAAAUUGACUUGAGGGAUAACUUUCAGGGAAAAAACCUUGAGGCGAUGGAUCUUCAUUAAGAGCAAGUCAUAAAAAUAGUGUCUUCCAGUCAAUAUAGGAGCAUUGGACCUCUGUAACAGGAAAACAGUAAUUCCUCUACCUUCAUGAAUGUUUUCCUGUAAAUAUAAACAAGUCUAUGAUUUAAUGGAAGAUAUUCAAGAACAAACAAGCACGAGGGAUUUGAUUUCUGCAAAUGGGUAAAGUUGUACUUGUACUGGGUGUUUUCGAGGGCUAGCUGCUUGUUUACUUAAGUUACACACAAUUUUAACGCUACUUAGCGUUUGAUUGGAAUGUGGAAUGCAAAAAUCGGUCUCGCAAUCAUUUAUAUUGCAUUUGAUUGAUAUCCUACAAAUGAUUUUUUUCUUGAUCACAUUUUUAGUGUAAAUUAUUAUCUUUGCCAAAAUUUGAAUCAAAUAAAAUGAAAUACUUCAUUGAAACAUGUUACAAAUCAAUCUGGCAUUGCAUUUUACAAAAUUGUUCUUUGUUUGAAUGUAUGUUAACAUGUAAUGUGAUAAACCAGCAAGGACAUCAUUUUUUUUACAGAACAUCCAAUUUGUAUG